UUAUGAAUUUAAAUGUAAUAAUCCUGAUAAGGAUAACAUCUUACUUAAGAAUGAUAAUUAUAGUUUUACAACUGAUAAUACUUAUGAAAUUCUGAUAAUACCUUCUAUAAAUGAUAGUAAUAAUGAAGAUAUUUAUGAAUUUUUGUUUAAUUAUAAAGCAUUUCAAAAUGUUAAAAAAAGAGCUAGUUUAGAUAAAUAUAAUAUUGAUAUAACAUGGAAGGAUAUAGAUUCAAUUGAAAAAGAUUCUAUUGAAAAAAGUUUAACAAUUGCUUCUAAUGAUUUAAUGAAAAUUAUCUAA